AAACUAAUGUUGUUUGAGUCUAAGCUUGCUCAAAUUUAUUGAAAAAUCAGCGUUUACUACAGCAAAGGAUUCUAAGUAACAGUGAAAACAAGAAUGAGCUGACAGCCAGCCAGUAUGGUUAUGAGAAAUAGUAGAAAUUUGAUCAAAUAUCUAGUUGCUGGAGGAGUAACCCUUUCCAGUUUGGAAUAUUUGCGAAGACAUGAUUUUAAUUUAUCGUCCAUUGGUCUGGUUAGGUUUGGGAGAGCCUUCGCAGUAGCAAUCAAUGUAUUCAUUGACUAUAAAGUGUCUAUGUAUGGUGUUGAUAGUCAACAAGAGGAUUACCAAGAACUUAAAAACAAGAUUCACUUAAGAUCUGCUGUCAAACUACGUACAUUAUGUUGCGUUAAUGGAGGAGUCUUCAUCAAGGUUGGUCAGUAUGUUGGUGCGUUGGAGUAUCUGUUACCUAAAGAGUAUGUAGAGACCAUGAAAGUGUUGCACAAUGAUGCCCCCCAGUCAUCAUUACAAGACAUGUGUAAAGUAAUAAAAGAAGACUUGGGAAAAGAUGUUGGGGAAUUAUUUACUAGUUUUUCUGAGAAGCCCAUUGGAGCAGCAUCUCUGGCACAAGUACAUAAAGCUACAUUACAUGAUGGAACAACUGUUGCUGUCAAAGUUCAACAUGCUGAUGUCCAGAAGCAUUCAUAUGUGGAUAUGAAAACUAUGGAGUUUCUACUUCAUAUUGCUGCAAGAUUGUUUCCUGAGUUUCGCAUAGUGUGGCUAGCAGAAGAGACCAAGAGGAAUUUACCAAGAGAACUGGAUUUCAUUCUUGAGGGACAAAACUGUGAGAGAGUGGCCAGAAUGUUUGCACAGUUCAAAUUUCUAAAGGUGCCUAAGGUGUACUGGAGUUUGACUACCAAUCGUGUCCUUACAAUGGAGUUCUGUGAAGGCGGAAAAGUUGAUGAUAAAGAAUAUAUGAAGCAGCAUGAUAUAGAUGUAGAUAAGAUAUCAAAAGAUUUAGGAAAGUUGUACAGUGAGAUGAUAUUUGUGCAUGGCUAUGUACACUGUGACCCACAUCCUGGCAAUAUUUUUAUUCAUAAAACACUACAAGGUCAACAAGAAAUCGUAUUACUGGACCACGGACUCUAUCAAGUGAUGACUGAUGAUUUCCGUCUAAACUAUGCAAUGAUGUGGCAGAGUUUGAUCAAUGCUGACAUUGAAGGUAUCAAGAAAUACAGCGAAGCAUUAGGUGCUGGUCAGCUGUAUGGUCUGCUUGCCUGUGUGUUAACAGCUAGGUCCUGGAAUGCUGUCACAACUGGCAUUGGUGAAUUGGAACAGACAGAUGCAGAGUCGGAUGAGAUCAAGGAGUAUGCUACUGUUUACUUGCCACAGAUAUCAGAACUACUCAACAAUGUACCUCGUCAGAUGUUACUAUUGCUGAAGACCAAUGAUCUGCUACGUGGUAUCGAAUGGACACUCCAGACACGUGCAAAUGCAAGCUCGUUCAUCAACAUGUCACGAUGCUGUGUCAGAGCUUUAAGUAAUCACCAGUUGAAAAGUUGUGACAGCUGGGUUUCCCGUACUAAAAUACGAGUGAGAGAGAUGUUCACCCAGCGCAAGAUUGAUUUAUAUGAAAUGUAUAUGUGGUUGAGAACUACCUAUUUUGGAUCUUUGAUAUUUCAACUUUUUUACGGCCCACAGAAACCUGUUCCAGUUUUCAGUGGAUUCUAACCCCAAGUGCAAUAUGAUCUCUGUGGCAGUGCAUGGUAUUCUUUGAGGUAUUUUC